AUGGCAGCCGCAGCUCAAAACUCUCCACGGCGGGUCUCAUACGCUUCUACCACGGUUGUGGACGUGGACGCCGCCACGCUGCACUCAGAAGUCUCUCGCAGCAACGCCUCCCUGCGCGAAACGCCCCUCAACUCCACAAUCCACAAUGCAGAUGACGGCAGCCACCUGAGGCCAGCAGACCACGCUGGCUCUAAUGGAUCAGAGGGUCUACGUCGCGUCGCCUCGACCGAACAAAUCCACCAGCAAGAUGAUAUCUUUCACAUGGUCAAGGCCACUAGCCGCAUGCGUUCCUGGACCAAACGCAUCACCACAGCGCCCCAGACCCCGGGCGUGCGCUACCCGCGCCUGCUCGAUCGUGAUGCCCGCUUCUACCAGUCUCUGGGUCGCUUCGCCGUCCGUCGUUCCAUGCCGCUGCAUGCCUUUCGCCUGUACCGCUCCGACUGGUUUCACUUCCUCGUCAACCUUGCCACCUGGAAGAUUGUUGUCAUUAUGAUGUUUCUCUACGUCGUUGUCUGUGUCGUCUACGCCGGCCUCUUCCACUGGAGCAGCAGUGCAUGCGGGCUGGAGCUCAAGACCUUCCGCCAGGCCUUCAUGCUCAGCCUCGAGAGCCUCACUACCAUUGGCUAUGGCGUUCCCGAUCCCUACUUUAAUGAUUGCUUGGCUGGCCCGUUUGUCGUGCUCUCCCAAGCCAUCGUGGGCCUAUUUGUCGAUAGCGUCCUGAUUGGCGUCCUCUUCACCCGAUUCUCGCGCGGCACCACCCGGUCACGCAGCGUCAUCUUUUCCAACAAGGCCGUCAUCCGUGCCGUGCGCGACCAGUGGCACUUUAUGGUCCAGGCUACUGAAAUCCACCCCAAUCCGCUCGUGGAGUGCCACGUGCGCCUUUACGCUGUUUUGCAUCGUGAGGUUGAGCCACACGGCAAAAUCUUCUUCCAAACUCACGCCAUGCGCCUCACACACCCGGCCGAUGAGCUUGGUGGCGUGCUGCUUUUGGUGUUGCCCAACGUGAUCACACAUCAGAUUGAUCCCUGGUCCCCACUCAUGCCACCUGAGCUCCGCACUGCGACUGACAAAAAAUUCAACGCUCGCCGGGACUUUGGCUUUCCUGACGUUUUGCAGCGGGACAUUGAUGUUGCACAAGGCGCACGCGAGGGUGUUCCGUCCGAGGACAAGUCUGACUUUCCCAGCCUUGAGGCCCGCAAAGAAAUGAUUCGCUCCCACCUGAUGAAGAAUAACGUUGAAAUCAUUGCCAUCAUCGAGGGUGUGGAUCCUCACACGGCUGCUACAGUGCAAGCCCGCCAUUCGUACACAUAUCGUGACAUUGUCUUUGACCACGCCUUUGCCCCUUGUGUGACAAAGGGCUCGGACGGCGCAUGUCAGUUGGACAUGUACUUUUUUCACGACCUGGUACCUGCCGGGCCGGAUGAGUUGCUCGAGCUCACCCCCUCUAUUGCCUAAGCAAGCUUUCCUUCUUGCUCAAUCCGUGUUCCUUGGGCCUGGCCUUACGUGCCAAGCAGUCAAAGAACCGGAAGUUUGCCGUAGCGAGAGGCUCGCGUGCCCCCAUGCAGUUGGCUAUUGAGUCGAAGCCAACACUGAUUCCAAGGAUCACAUCAAUUGAGCACAGCUGCCAUUCACAAUGGCAUUAUGCUUGGCCGUAAUUCGUCAAGUCUCAGCAAGUCAGCUCACCACCAAAGAAGAGGAGGCAUCAACUCGAUCAAUUGACUAAGCGCAAGACAUAAAAGGCUGAUCGAACAUCCACAAAGCCGAAUUCUUCCCUGCCUCCCUUCCUCCGUUUGUUUGCCCCAUCCCCCCGUACUUUUGACACGGGCACGGCCCGUCACAGAGCCCGCGGCCACGCCAAUCGGUUGCCCGAGGCCAACGCAAGCCUUUGCUUGUGGUACAACAGACAUGACAUGACAUCCAUAGCAAGAUGAUAAGGAAAUUGAAAGGACAUGAAG